AUGGGGAGGAGGUGGAGGAGUUCAGUAGCGGCGAGCCGAGAGGUGCGGUGCCCUCUGAGUGUGGGAUCUGCUAGAUGCGGUACCUUCUGGGUGUGGUACCUUCUAGGCGGGGUGCCCACUGUUCCAGAGGGUCUACUGGACGGUGUUGAAGGCAACUGGUUCACCAGCCUUGUUGCAAAUCUUAGUCCUGGAGCAGCCAAUGGUCUUUGGUUCUCUGGGGCGAGGAACAAGCGAAUGGCCUCUUGUGCGACCUUCAUGCCAAACGCCAAUAACCAGGGAAAGACACUCGGUGGCGGCAGUCUUUACUGGGGUCUCGUGAGCGGGUCCAGCACCAAUAAGGUUGCGGAGUACUCAUUACGAGGCAUCGAGACAUUUCGUUUGAAUUCGACUGGAGGCAUGGUAGAAGGAUGAGGAUUCCACGAGCGGAUUCUGUGAUCGCAGGAGAACAGGGAUGAAACGUGCCAUUUUUGAGAGUGCAUAUUUCUCCGUUGGAGAUCGACUGUAAAGUUGGUCGCAAAAAAAAAAACAACAAUCGGCGUCGUCUAAAUUAUCAUGUGUAAACCAACCCCUUCGGCCCGCUUAUUCGCUACGGGUUCGACAGGGUGAAGGGUGCUUGCUGCUCUUCUCAUGAUGCCCUCUCCCUUGUUAUCUUUAGACGCGGGACAAGCUUGUAGGGUCCCCCGCCGGUUCCAGAAAACUUCGCUAAACCACUGCAAAUCUAUCCAUGAACGCAAGAGAUGUGUUUAAGAAAG